AUGGGAAUCCAAGGCUUACUGCCGUUCCUAAGAUCAAUCCAACGCGAAUCACAUCUCCAACACUGGGCUGGCAAGACUCUGGCCAUCGACGGUUACGUCUGGCUCCAUCGCGGCGCGUACCACUGUGCCCAGGAAUUAUGUCUAGGAAAGCCGACGACGAAACACGUCGAAUACUUCGUGCAGAAGAUCGACCUCCUGCGCAGAUUCGGUGUCUCGGCAUACGUGGUGUUCGAUGGCGACCAUCUGCCGAGCAAGAAGCACACAGAGGACGAUCGCGCGAACCGGCGGAAGACUGCGUUGAUGAACGCCCAGAAAUGGCUAGCCCAGGGCGACCAGAAGAAAGCCCGUGAAGAAUUUGUCAAGGCGGUCGAUGUCACUCCUCGAUUAGCUCACGAUGUCAUCCUUGCCCUCCGCUCGAUGGGUGUCAAAUACGUGGUCGCGCCCUAUGAAGCAGAUGCGCAGCUACGAUACUUGGAGAUGCAGGGCGAAGUCGACGCGGUAAUCACCGAAGACUCGGAUCUCUUAGUCUAUGGGGCUCGGAAUGUCCUGUUCAAACUGGAUCCAUCUGGUAAUUGUAUUCACAUUAGUCGUGACGAAUUCAAGCAACUUGAAGAUAAACGAAUGGCUCUAUGGAGUGACCAACAGUUCAGACAGAUGGCGAUGUUGAGUGGAUGUGAUUAUCUAGCUAGCAUCCCUGGUCUCGGGAUAAAGAAGGCGUAUGACUUGAUAAGAAGACAUCAGACAGCUGAGCGGGCCAUCAAGGCAACUCGUCUCGAUGGCAAACUACCUGUCCCGCUCAAGUACGAGCAAGCCUUCCGCGAAGCCGAGUUGACGUUUGAACACCAGUUUGUCUACGAUCCGACUACCCGAACGAUGAUCCCUCUCAAUCCCCUCCCAGACGUACCGCCUUCCCAAAAAUCCCUCGCUGGAUGUGGGGAAAAAUGGCCUGAUCAGAUAGCAAUCGAUGUCGCGGAAGGACGCGUCGAUCCAUGCACUAAAGAAGUUUUUUCGGGCAAAUCCACUGCACUCAAGCACGUCUCUCCGCGCUGUCAACCUACAACAAAUACUCCCAAGCAGUCGACCUCCAAACGCCCAGCGCUGAAUUCUGGGAAACAAUCCACCCUCAAUCAGUUUGCCUUCAAGUCAUCCAAUUCCAAUUCAAAAGCAGUCUCUUCGACCCCCGCACACCCUUCUAUUUCAGACAACCUUCCUAGUCGACAAGACACGAAGUCCAUUGCUCCAGUCAACGGAAAGCCGAGCAAAUUUUUUGAGCUUCAAUCUAGUAAACAGCCCGAUUUAAUUAGCCCGACCCCACCCGAAGCUGAUUCAGCAUCACAGGGAUACAUUGCGACACAGACAACGAUCGAGGAUCUUGCAGCCGAGGACGCCGUGCCGAUGACACAAGAAGGCUGGGAUGCAAUAUCGGACAUGUCGACCGACGACUCGGUCGGUGUCAAGAGGGAAGAUGCCAGAAAAGAUAUCGAGUUCGAAAAGCUAAUCGGAGAAGAUUUGCCGUCCAGUCAGAUGCACGACCCAUUCAUCGCCCCCGCCACGAUUCAUUCAGUGUCGCGCCCUGAGCUAUUCCCAUGCAGCAGCUUCAGUCUAUCGAGCCAGGAGAACUGUAAAACAUCCCCGGAAAUCAAGAAUCAAGCCUUUCAAGAUAAUUCUGAUGGUUUCAUCAGCACCUCUGAGCCGGAUGAAAGUGAGCUGACUAUAACCAAACCGCAAGUGACGAUCAUCACGCCUAAUAAUCAUCACUCAACUGCGGCGGUGUUAAACUGUCGGCGCGUUUCUGAGCCUAUCUCUCGGCAGACGCGCCAGUUCCCGAUUAGCUCUGAUCCGAUCUAUAGCUCUGAUAAUGACGAGAAUGACCAGACGAAAGUCUUAGAGACUGGGCCCAAUCGACGGAAGGCUACCCAAUCCACCAGCCAAUCUCAUCAACCAUCCAAAAGGAUUUGUCGCGGGUUUGUGCCCACGCCUUCUUCCAAACUUUCUAAAGCUUCCAAACGGAACGUAUCAACAACAACAGCCUAUGACGAAGAGAUCAGCCCUUCGCUCGCAAGAGUCGCCACUGGGAUCCGGAACCGGUUCACAUUCCAAAAACCUGCUUCAUCUUCAGAAAAAAGACCGCCGAUCGGGAAACCGAAAUUGUUUGACUUUUCUAAGGACAUCGUCGAGCUUAAAAGUCAACUUAAUGAGAAAACCAAAGCUCCUCUAAGACCAUCAUCGUCUCAUCGCAAGUCCUGCCAACUCCCCACUGGCCCAUCGACUGCCUCCUUUAUCAACGAUGGCCCGACCCCUCGCCCCCCGCAAACCGAGUCCCACGCUCAUCCUGCUCAUGAUUACAUCCCCGUCAAACGCCAAACUGCUUCCAGGAAAACCUCAUUCAACAAGAUCUCUCCCAGCACCCCCUCAUCUGCAGCACCCUCCACGCGCUCAACCCCCACCGCGUCUAAUAAACUCUCCAUGUUCAUGUUCAGAGGGAACGUUAACCACAACUGA